UACUGUUUCGCAUGCAAGGCUAGUGACACCAAGAAGCGGAGAAAAUGAGAAAUCUUUACUUUCUAGUCUUAUUUCCGUUGAGCAUCUUGAUUUUGGUUGAUGCUUCUUUGCAUGUGAAGUAUCUUCCUGGUCUUGAAGGUCCUCUUCCUUUUGAGCUCGAGACUGGGUAUGUGAGUGUUGGUGAAUCUGGAGAUGUUGAGCUCUUUUACUACUUUGUGAAAUCAGAGAGAAAUCCAGAUAAAGAUCCUCUCAUGAUUUGGCUAACUGGUGGGCCUGGAUGCAGCUCCAUUUGUGGUUUACUCUUUGCAAAUGGUCCCUUGGCUUUUAAAGGGGAUGAGUAUAAUGGGACACUGCCUCCUUUAGAGCUAACAUCUUUUUCUUGGACAAAGGUGGCUAACAUUUUAUAUUUGGAAUCUCCUGCUGGUUCUGGAUAUUCUUAUGCCAAAACUCGGCGUGCUGCUGAGACGAGCGACACCAAACAAAUUCACCAAAUCGACCAGUUCCUUAGGAGUUGGUUUGUGGACCACCCUGAGUUUAUAUCCAAUUCAUUUUACGUUGGUGGAGAUUCAUAUUCCGGGAAGAUUGUUCCAGGAGUUGUGCAACAGAUUUCACUUGGAAAUGAAAAAGGUCUCGCACCACUCAUAAAUAUUCAGGGAUAUGUUCUUGGAAACCCUGCAGUACGUACAAACUUAGAACCAAAUCAUAGAGUUUCAUUUGCGCAUCGGAUGGGACUUAUUUCAGAUGAGCUCCAUGAGUCACUUGAAAGAAACUGUGGAGGCAAAUUCUUUAACGUAGAUCCAAGUAAUGCAAAAUGUUCAAAUGGGCUUCUAGCUUAUCAUCGGUGUAUCUCAGAGAUAUACAUAGAGCAGAUUUUGUUACCAAACUGCAAAGUAGAUUAUGUCUUAUCAGACAUAUCACAAACCUUACCAAAUAUCAGAACCAGUCGAAGAAGAGAACUCAAGGAGUUUUCAAGAAAUGAUUCAUCAUCGUUGCCUCCUCCUAGCUGCUUUACUUAUAGGUAUUUUCUGUCUGCCUUUUGGGCAAAUGAUGAAAAUGUACGCAGAGCUUUAGGCGUGAAGAAGGGCUUCGGAAAAUGGAGUCGAUGCAACACUCAAAACAUACCAUAUACAUAUGAUAUUCACAAUGCCAUUCCAUAUCACGUUAAUAAUAGCCGUAAAGGCUUCCGCGCUCUCAUCUACAGUGGUGAUCAUGAUAUGAUGAUACCUUUCUCUUCAACUGAAGCAUGGAUCAAAUCUCUCAACUAUUCCAUUGUUGAUGACUGGAGACCUUGGAUGAUGAGUAGCAAUCAAGUCGCUGGAUAUACAAGGACUUAUGCAAAUAAGAUGACAUUUGCAACCAUCAAGGGAGGAGGACACACAGCUGAGUAUAAUCCAGACCAAUGCUCACUUAUGUUCAAAAGAUGGAUUGAUGGUGAAUCUCUCUGA